AAGUGGAGGAUGGAUGCAACGAAAACCGCCGAAAUUGGUGUGGUUGAAGACGAUAGCCCCAAAACUAUCUCGAACGAUGGUAGUGAGCGAACUCAUAUGUCAGACAACGUGUUGUCACAGAAAAAUGGAGACAAUGCGCCACAAACGUUCGAUCAAAAAGCUAGCGUGGGUGCAAAUGAUGAUAUUACGAUCGAUACUGUUAUGGACAAUGUAAUACAGUCGACGGAGCCUCCAGCGCGGACAAAAUCUAGUGCUACCGGUUUCAAAUGGUUUUGGCAAAGAGACACAUCUGACAACAAUAAACAAGUAGAAAAGGCCGACACACUCGAGUCGCCUAUUACACGCAAGCCUUUGACAGAGCUACCCCCUUCCGAGAAAAAGGAUACAGGGUCUAAAAUUGCAGAUUCAGAAAGUUGUACAUCUGAUAACGUACCACACAUUGCAAGUGGGGAUGCGAUUGAGGAAUCAUCCGUUAUUGAGCAAGAGGUUAAGAAGGGCGAAGGAGAGCCACUCGAAGAUGCUGAACGCUUCAAGUUCAAGUGGUGGUGGCAGAGGGCAGCCAAACCAAUCAGUAAACCUAUGGAGAGCAGCAACAACACCUCAGAAAAUAAAGAAGUGGCCGAAGAAGGUGCCAACGAAGUGGCCGAUCUCAAAGGUGCAGCAACACCCACCGAUGAGUUAACUAGCGAAUCACAGCGCACAAGCGAGAAUGUUCAGAUAUCUGAAUCCGCACAAUCUCCGGAGAUGUCCUCUGUAGCCGGAUCUGAAACGGAGAGCGCAGACACAGUGCCGGUAGGUGAUGAUGAUGCAAAUAGAGUAAUCGGCGAGGAAGAGGCGGAGCAGAUGUAUGUGCACGAAGGCUAUAACAAUGCUGCAGAAAUACCUGCGCACAUGACUGACUACUGCGGCCGAGUGUUUGAAGGCACAAUGAGGAGCACUCUCUCGAAGGAGCCCAUUUACCUGAGGCGCUGGGAGCCCAGAGAUGUAGAAAUUAGGUCGCUACUUUUCAUCUGCCACGAUCACUCAUCUCACUGUGAACGCUAUGAGCAAGUGAUUGGAGGAUUCUUGAAGCAGGGCACUUUGGUAUUCUCUCAAGAUCAUGAAGGUCACGGACACAGUGCUGGGCAAAGAGCCGAUAUGUACCUGUACAAGACCUUUGUGGCCGACGUGCUCAAGCAUGUGUACACGGUCAAAGAGCAUCAUGCGGGCUUGCCCUUGUUUGGUUGGGGGCACGGCAUGGGCGCUUGUAUAUUAAUCACAGCCGCAAGAAAGUACCCCAGUGUAUUCAACGGUUUGAUUCUGACGUCUCCGAUGCUGAGGGCUGAUCCACUUGCAAAUACGAGAUUUAAAAAGGCCCUAGCAUCUACACUCUCGUUCUUCUCACCAAGUCUGGGCGUGGGACAGC